AUGCCAGCGAAUGGGGGCGGGCGCUGGCGAGGAGGCGGAGGCGGAGGCGCAGGCGGAGGCGGAGGGAUGUUUCCAAGUUUUGGAGGCUUCGGUGGUAAUAACAUGAUGGUCAUGGCCGUACCCUUGAUGGGCCGAAUGGAUGGUCCAAUGAGAGAACAAAUGAGACCCAUGCCGCCAUUGCCGAAAGCGGAUAUUGUUGUCGCACCAAAGGAUUUGGCGCCUGUGCAACAGACGAGAAAGUUAUUUCCAGAGACGUGGCUGUGGAAAAGCCAAAUUGUGCCAUCCGGGGGCGUGGUGAACUUUGACGAGACCGUUCCCGAUACCGUCACUUCAUGGGUAGCGACAGCGUUUGCCGUGCACCCACAGACCGGGCUGGGUAUCUCAGAGCAGUCUGCACAGUCAGGGCUGGGUAUCAUGGAGCAGUCUGCACUGACAGGGCUGGGUAUCUCGGAACAGUUUCCACAGACCGGGAUGGAUAUCUCGGAGCAGUCUGCACAGGUGAGUCCAUGUAAAUACAGCGUUCGCCGUGCACCCACAGAUCAGGAUGGAUAUCUUGGUGUAGUCUGCGCAGACAGGGCUAGGUAUCUCGAAGCAGUCUGCGCAGGUGAGUCCAUUAUAAAUACAGCGUUCGCCGUGCAUCCACAGUCAGGGCUUGGUAUCUCGGAGCAGUUUGCACAGCUUCAAGUUUCUCUGCCAUUUUUCGUGUCCGUCAAUCUGCCGUACUCCGUGAUCCGAGGAGAGAAAAUCAUCCUACAGGUCAACAUUCAUAACUACAGUCCACUACAGCAGACCAGUUACGUCACCCUAGAGAGGAGUAAAGAGUUCGACAACCUCGUGGUUUCCGGUACAAGCCAGACUACAGUCUCUCAGGAUCAAAACCGGGUCAUCACGGCAAAACCAAACGAGGUGGCUGCCUUGUAUUUCCCCAUAAUUCCAACGAAACUCGGUCUCAUCGACAUCUCUGUGCGAGCCCAGACCACCAUGAUGGCCGAACACGUGGUCAAGAAACUUUUUGUGGAGGUCGAGGGCUCGCCGCGAGAAUACAAUGUCCCGUUCGUGCUAGACCUGAAAACUGAAGGGACCCAGACCAAGAAAAUCAACGUGGAGUAUCCACUCCGAACUGUGCCCGGCUCUGGAAGGGUUAAGGUCACUGCGGUUGGUGACCUUAUGGGCCCCAGCAUCAACGGACUGGACAAACUCAUCAGACUACCCACUGGAUGUGGGGAACAAAACAUGCUGAAAUUCGCGCCCAACAUUUUUAUUGUCAAGUAUCUCCAAGCAACGAAUAAUCUUGACACAGCUGUUAUGAACAAGGCUAAGGAAUUUAUGGAGCAGGGCUAUCAACGUGAGCUCACGUACCGCCAUUCGGACGGCUCCUUCAGCGCGUUCGGGGAGAGCGACAAAUCCGGAAGCUCUUGGCUCACGGCGUUUGUCGUCAAGUCGUUCGUCCAGGCAAAACCCUACAUCUUCAUUGACGACGCCGUCAUCUCCAAGUCCGUCACGUGGUUGGUAGCCCAACAGCGCCCGGAUGGAUCCUUCGCAGAGCCCGGUCGCGUAAUCAAUAAUGACAUGCAGGGCGGUUCCGCUGGUUGUGACGUCACGUUGACUGCGUAUGUCGUGACCGCUAUGUUAGAGGCGCGAUCCGUGCAACAGGUGGUUGACGUCAUUUCCGCUGCCAAGGACAAGGCAUUGGCGUAUCUGGAAGGAAAGGCUGACGCACUGACGGAUACGUACGAACAGGCUCAGGUGUUGUACGCCUUACAGUUGGCUGCACGUCCGAAGGCAGAUCAGCUUCUGACAAAACUAGAAUCUAAAGCAAUCGUUGAUGCGGGUACGAAACACUGGGAACGGGUGAUUACCACUACGACCGGAAGUGAGAAGCCCUGGGAGGACCGGAAAGGCGCUGCGGUAGAUAUAGAGCUCACGUCGUACGUGCUGCUGUCGCUGACCAUCAAGACCGACCGACAGAACGGACUUCCGGUACUCAAGUGGAUCACCGCACAACGGAACGCCGAGGGUGGUUUCUCGUCGACGCAGGACACUGUCGUCGCUCUGCAAGCCUUGGCUGAAAUGGCCGCUCUGGUCUUCUCGGAUUCGUUCAACUUGAAUAUCAAUAUUGCGGGUACAGGUGUCAGCGAGACUCUGUCAAUAACCACCUUGAACGCUCGAGUUCUGCAAACGCGUGAGUUACCAAAGGAUGUUGGAGAAAUGACCAUAACUGCAAGUGGACAAGGAAUGGCCCUCGUUCAGGUGGAAGUUUCCUACAAUAUCGACGAUGACGAUCAAAAGCAAAGUUUUGAGCUCAUAGUGUCACUUCCGAGGGAAACGCUUAACGAGUUUGAAAUUCGUGCAUGCGCCAAAUGGCUCGAAAAUGGGACAAGUUCGAUGGCCGUCAUGGAGGUGGGAACUCCUUCCGGUUUCUACCCGGUUGUGGUCAAUGUGGUGUCUGUACCGGUGCAUAAGCGGCUAGAAUUAGAGUCAAGAAAGGUCGUUUUGUACUUCGAUGAGAUUUCCUUGCAAGACACGUGCUCGACCUUGACCUUCCACAGGUCCGGGAUGGUUGCCGGGGUUCAGCCGGUUCCCGUUAGAAUAUUUGAUUAUUACAAUCCAGCCAAACAAGUGACGGAGUUCUAUGUGCCUGCAGCCAUACGAGGAUCAGAGAUUUGUGAUGUUUGCGGGGCCGAAUGUGACUUCUGCAAAGCGUGA